AUGAGCAAGCGUCCACGCGUCCCCGCCGCCUUACACGCCGAGAUAUCUGAGUAUUCUGCUCUCUUACGCGCUCUCAGGAACCAGGACACGCUCGACCUCACCAGCCAACUCAUCCGUGCCCACACGGCCUCUGCGGCGGCUACUGAAGACGACGUCGAGGAUGAAGACAUCAGCUUAGGUGAAGACGCAUCUGAACUACCUUUGUCGGAGGCCACGUCUCAGGUUACGGUUGCUGCCGACACUGCUAGCCUCGGUCAACUCUCGUCGCAGCUGAAGCGGAAGCAUCCCUCGGGCAAGCGCAAGCUGAAGGGGAAGCCGCGAGACACCUGGACGCGAUGGCCCCUCAUGGCUGGUGAUGUGCACGUUCCCGAAUGGACCCUCGCGGACGAGGUCAAGACACUCGCCGUGCAGCACAUCAAGCGAUCUCUCACUAGGCGUGACACGUCACCUUCGGAUGCUGAGCUGCUCGAGGACCUGGACGACGACUUUGCCAACACGCUUCUCCCGCCGGCGAGCGUCGGUGUGCUGGCUGAUGGGGCUGCAACGCACCUUGCGCGGAUCCUCGCUCGCAUCGCGGCCCACAAGCCGCCUGCCGCGGAAAGCAUGCAGAACCGCUUCGCUCCGUUUGGCUGGGAGAGGGUCAUGGCCGUGAUGUCUUCUAGUGGUCUCGUCGACGCGAAGUUCGUCUUCCCUAUCGUGUUGCGUGUCAUGCAGAAUGUGCAGCGUCGUAUGGAAGUGAUCUAUGGUUCCUCGAAGUCGCGCGCCGUGCACCGUGUUGAAUGUCGCACCGUGGCGAAGCUCGAGUUCCGGAAGGCUAUUGAACCUCAUGAACUGAGCUUCUUGAGACUGGCUUACAAACCUCCGCCGCCUCCGAAACGUAAACGAGGUCCGUACAAGAAGAGGAAAAUCAAGUCUGCCGAGACCAUCGAGUCAUCGGACGAGCUCGAAGAUGCUGCCGUGCCCUCGUCUGGCACCUAA